UUGAAUACACGUUGAAAGAUCAGUCCAAAAUAAUGUCAUCUGUGAAUCUUUGUGACAAUGGCGCUCAUUUGCCAUAUGGAGAGACAGGUAUGGGGACCUAUGGCACUAAUCUAGCGCCAGCCUGUGAUAAAUAUUCAGUUCUUCUACAAACGGAUGACUUCUUGAACCUGGCUCAGAAAGUUCCUUUCCUAGAAAAAACCUCGGCAUACAACAUCGGCGACUACGGAACUGCCGAUGGUGCUGCCACCAUGACGUUCCUCGGGACACUCAUCGAGAGUCUGAGAGAGCACCAUGGCUCUCACGUGCAGUUCCAGGUCAUCCAUGAAGACCAAGAGGUCAACGACUUCAACUCUCUGUUUAGACGCCUCUCUGGUCUAAUCCCUGAGUCACCAUCCUACCUCCAGAAUAUCGAGAACGUCUUUGCUUUGGCCUCGGGAACACAUUUUUAUAAGCAGUGUGUUCCAGCCGAGUCAAUGCACAUAAUACUCUGCAUGAUCGCUGUACAUUGGCUUUCUGGAAAACCACCUGUGAAUAAAGAAAAUAUUUACUCUUUUCCAAAUACAGAUACUGAUGUCAGGUAUAUGCUCGAGAAACAAGCGUCCGAGGAUUGGGAGAAAUUCCUUAUCUUGAGAAGUCGUGAGCUGAGAAAAGGAGGCCUUUUGGUUGUAGCUACACCGAGCAACUCCAUUUCGACGUCAGGAGAAAUGAAGAUUUGCAGUGGGAACUUCUUGUCAAUUUUGAAUGAAGUAUGGAAGAAAUUUCGCGACAUGGGCAAAAUUUCCCAAAGUGAACUCGUGAAUACUAAUAUGGCAUCCUGCGACAAGAGUUUACCUCUACUGAAAGCUCCAUUUGAAGAUCCCGACUCAAAAGUGAGUAAAUGCAAUUUACGGCUUUUAUCAGCUAAACUGGUUGAUGCUCCCUGUGAAAUUUACACUGAGUGGAAACAAAGGAAGGAAGAAGAUGGCGUUGAUGACAGGGUUAGAUAUGCCAGAAGAUUUGUGGCAGCCCAUCGAUGUUGGAGCAACAGUGCCUUUCUGACCGGUCUUGCAGGAACGAGGAGUAAGGACGAAAAAGAAUUAAUUGUGAAUGAGUUAUACGAACAGGUAGAGGAGGUGCUGCAAAAGAGGAACCCAGAAGAUUUGAAGGGCGCCAAUCUUUUCGCUUAUGUCUACAUCACCAAGGCGUGAGACGGGGAUUCUGUGCUCCCAGAACCACUUCUGGAAAAAAUACAACCUCGCUGAACUGUCAAACCAAUGUUUUUAACAAGUAUAGUAUAUAUGUGUAAAUAAGCUAUCAGACUAUACUUCCUUAUUGUAUGUGCAUUGUAAACAGAAAUAUGUUGUAUGUUCCAUUUUGUAUGUCAUGGUGCGUUGUAAACUUGCUCCUCGUCAUGGAGUGGUAUAACAGGAAUACAUUUCAAAACGGCUGCACUAUUUGAAAACGAGUGAUAUUUAUGCCUUUUUUUCAUUCAAAGCAGGCAUAUUAAUAAUCCGAAUUGCUGCAAAUCUCUCAACACUCAAUGUUUUAGUGACUUUGUAUUUUUUUAUCACUUUUUUUUGCCUUUUACGCUCAUUGGAUCUAUUUCUGCAGAUAAUCGAGACUGAUUAUUCUAUGGGGCUGACGUAUCCAACACGACAAUGCCAGAC